GAAACGAAACGGUCUGAAAAGUACACAUCCAUAAUGAAGAUGCGUUCGUUCUUACCUGCAGUUGCUGAACAGCUUUUCCGAGAUAUUCAAAAAGCAUACCAGGAAACUUCCCAAAUACCUGAUGACCUGCUUAUUGCGCUGAAGUUUGUUUUCGGGCCGUGUGCGCUGCAGGCUCUGGACCUUGUUGACCAGCACUCAGUCACCUGUCUGUCAUCUCCCAGUGGACGCAAAGCUUUCCAGGUGAUAGGAGGAUCGGGGCGUUUGUACACAUGCUUUGUGUCCUGUCACUACUGCCCGUGCCCGGCCUUUGCUUACACCGUGCUGCGCAGAAAUGAGGGCCCGCUGUGUAAACACAUCCUGGCUGUGUACCUGUGUCAGGCCAUGGCUGUGACACAGCAGGAGAGCGUGUCUGAUCCGCAGAUGUCCGCACUGCUGAGUGGGACAGCCCCUCUGUGACCCCCAGGUAUAUUCAGUACUACCCCUAAAGAAAGAGAGCCGAUGUUCUCAACCUACACUUUGGGUCUCUGCAGAGGAUCGGAGGACGGGAACACAACUGCAGUUUAUACUCUUUAAUUUGUCUCUCUGUAAGACACCAGAUAUUUCAUUUUUUUUUAAAGAGUUUCUUCAUCUGUUUCUCUGGAAACUACAUUUUUUGUGAAUAUGUACAGCUACAUUUUUUUUUAAAAACCUGAAAAAUGUAAUUUGUAAAUAUAAAUCGUAUACAUUUUAGUAAUAAAA